AUGUUCUCCGACGCCGCUUUGGACAUCCUCCUGUCCGUCUUUGCCUUCACGCUCUUUUGGGCCAUGCCCGCUUCCGCUCUAGCUCUCCUCCUGCUCCUCAGUCUGCGUACUCGCCCCUCUUCGGCAGUCCGACGUAUACAUUCUGAUUCAGACUCCAUUGGAGACCGCCUUCAAGUCAAGCUCCGCCUCGCUGAAACCAAGGAACGUCUUCUUGCCGUCGAACUUGGAGGUACCAAAGCACACCGAGACGUACUCCAGACAGAAAACGCCGCGCUGAAAAAAGGCUUCGAAGCAUACAGGCAGGUCACAAGAACUCGCAUGCAGAAGAUCGACACGGACAACGAGGUUCUUCGAGAAGAAGCGUACGAGGCGAAGACGAAGCUCCGGACCAGCGAGCGGACCGCUGCUCAGGCCAGCAAGGAACUCGACCUGUCUUUAUCGGCGCAGGCGCAGGCUGAGCGACAGGCGGAUGCGAAUCUUGUUCGGGCCGAAAGGGCUGAACAAGAGAACGCAAUCCUAAAGCUCGCCCUCCCCUUCGCCGAGGACCGUUGCGGUGCAGUCUCCAAAUCCUCUGACCCGGCAACCCCGGCCGUGGACGCGGUCGACGCUCUCAAGAAAGACCUCGAGCGGGAACGGGAGCGUGUGGCCACUGCCCUUCGGCGUGCGGAGCAUAACGCCCACCUCGCAGACUCCAAUGCCCGACUCGCAGUGCAGAACGGGGAGAACUCUGCCAAGGCCGAGCGCGCUCUCCGGUCGAUGCAUGCGCUGGUCGAGAUGGCAAGUGAGCGCGAGGAGAAGAUUGCGCGCGAGUUGUCCUCGGUCGAGUUCGCGCUUGCGUGCGAGCGGGACGAACGGCGGACGGUGGAUGCGGAGGUGCGUCGCCUGCAAGGCGUGCUCCGGAGGUGCAUGUGUGGAUGCCGACGGGGGCCACCGCGUCCGCAGGUGGACACGGCUGUGCGGCUGCGCGAGUUGGUCAGGCUGAAAGAGGCUAAGCAAGUUUUGGAUGAGGAGAACAUGAGGCUGGUUACUCUGAAUCGGGGGCUGGAGACGGAGCUCACAUCACGCGUUGGUCAGAACAAGUCCCUGAUAUGCGCAGCCUAUGACCACAAGACGGAGGCAGAGAUGUAUCAGGCCAGGGUGGAGAUCCUGGAAGGGAUCAUACACAGGCAUGCAGGUGCAAAACAGGAGCUCGCGGAUCUCGAUGCCUCCAUAAAACACGACCGCUCAACCCAUGUGGAUGUAGUCCUGACCACACCCGAUCAUUUGGACAUCUCCGGACACGAUGCCGUCUCUGGAAUUGGGGUGACGAAGCUUUCCGAGGAAGCUGUCCCUGUGCCUGUCUUCGCUAACCUUGCGCACCCCGAGAGUAUCCACCUGCCAGUUAGUCAACUUCCUAUGCCAUCUUCCCCUGUACGAGUGGAUCGGCGCUCCGGACUGGGCUUGAGCCCCGUACAUGAUUCGGAGGAGAGUUCUAUUAUUGAAGACGAGGAAUCCGGCGAUGAGGAUCCUAUUGAAAGAUUGACUUCGCCGUCGCUCUCUCUCUUGGCUGGCGACGAAGGAACAGACUCCUCUUCGAGCUGCUCUUCACCUCCCAGCACGGAAGCAAGCAGCGUCGCUAGCAACUGUAGUUCACCAACCUCCUUGGCCGAGGACGAUCUUUGCGAGCUGGAUACAAGCCCGUGUCCUUCUGCGGAAGGCCCAGGAAACGUUUCAGAGCCGAAGGAAGACAUUUAG